CAGGUAAGACAUGUUUGAUUGACUACCUGGUUGGAAGUAGUUCCGUAGUGCCCUAAGGAGGGCUUUGUUUUCCCUGGUUCGAGUCCAGGAAGAGCGCGCUAUAGAAAUUUGUGUAGUGCCCUAAGGAGGGCUUUGUUUUCCCUGGUUCGAGUCCAGGAAGAGCGCGCUAUAGAAAUUUAGAUAAAUAUCUGCUGUUUGUUUCUGUUCAGAUCCGUUUGCUUUACUGUACGAUGGGGGGCUCGUAUCCUAAACCUGAGGUCACAGACACCCCGGCGGAAUGGAUGAAUAAGUGUGGUUUAGGCUAUUACGUUACGCCGUGGCUGGACAAUUUGGCUGGGUGGACGGAGGCAAAUCCUCAGAUUCCAUCGUAUCCCCGUGAUGGGACGUUUAAUCCAGGCUUCCUUGCUUCAGCGCACCGUAUGAUUUAUGAAAGCUUAGGCGAUCCGGAUUGGGACCGCCCUUAUAUGCGCGCAGGGUAUGAUAAAUGGUUUGACAUGAAGAAGGUAUGGGAUAAAUCAAAGGGUGUUUACACCCCGAGACCUGUUUUAAAGGCUAUUCCAAAACCAAGACCAACGCCUGUUACUAAAGAGGCGGCCGUCUCUUUACCCUCGUCGUCCGCCGAUUUAGAAGCACAAACUAAAGUUCCACCCGCCCCUGCCGUUUCCAAGAAAGGCAAGGGUCCCAAGGGGAAUAAUGGGGAAGAUCACGAUGAGGAAGAGGGGGGCGACGAUGACUGGAAUGAUCCUGAUGACGUGGGCCCAGACGCGGGCUCCAGACCAUUUCCCCCAGGCAACGUAGCAUGUGUCUGGAAAGUGAAGCGCAGUGGGAUUGAUGUGGAGCCCCCGUCGCCAUCAGCCCUUAAAGAUAUAAUUUCCCUGCUCCCUUCGCCCGACAAACCGCUUCUUUUUGUCGACAUGUUAAUUAAGGCAUCCCGUAACUGUCAGUUAACUGGUGCUGACUAUAGGUUUAUAUUACAGAAUCAAUUAGGGGACUCAUAUGAUGAGGAGCGUUUGCUCGAAAUAGUCGAUGUGUUGCAAGCUAGAAAUGACGUCGCUAUGAAUAUAAAGGAAGAAAUAGCUCCGGCUCAGGAAGGUGGCCGUCCGCGUCAGCGCACCGUGUCGACAUUUUUUUGGAGGGACACACCGAAUGCUUUGCAGCUCCUGCGUGAGCAGUUAACUAGGGGAAGACAAUACACGUGGACGCGGUUGCCACAGGGUUUCAUUGACUCACCGGCGGUCUUCACUGCCGUAUUGCGGGACGCGCUGGCUGAUCUCUGUCUUCCCCGGGGCUCCACGGUGCUCCAGUACGCGGAUGAUCUCCUGGUAACGGCGGAGGAUCAAGACGCUUGUGCUGCCGCCACAUUGUCUCUCCUCACACUCCUGGCGCAGAAGGGUUUCAAGGUCUCCCGCACGAAGUUGCAGUUUUGCCUCACAACUGUUCGCUACUUGGGACAUGACCUCUCCCAGGGUUCCAGGAGGCUUAGCCCGGAACGCGUUCAAGUCAUUAUGGACACUCAGGUACCUGCAACCAAGCACGCUCUCAUGGCAUUUCUGGGCCUCAUCAAUUACUGUCGUCAAUGGAUCCCUGACUGUUCAAUCUAUGACAAGUGUUUGCGUUCAGCUAUAAGUCACUCAGAUCCUUUGACUCAGCCCCUGGUCUGGACUGAGGACAUGCUAACGGCCUUCAAGGCUCUGAAGCAAGCUUUGUGCUCCGCCCCUGCUCUCGGGCUGCCGAACUAUCGUUUGCCGUUUCACCUGUAUGUGUGCAAUCAGAAGGGGACCGCCUCUGGGGUGCUGGCUCAGGAGCACGGGGGGGGCAUGCGACCUUGCGCGUUUCUGUCUAAAACUCUUGACGCUGUGGCACAAGGGCUUCCUGGCUGUCUUAGGGCUGUUGCUGCGUGUGCUCUCAUGGUCACGGACGCUGAAAAACUUGUUUUGUCGCAUCCGCUCAUUUUACACACUUCACAUGACAUCGUGUACAUUCUGCGGAAUCUUAGCACUCAGCAUUUGUCUGCUCAGCGUCGCUCUGGCUAUGAGUUUAUUCUUUUGGCCACAGAGCAUCUCACUGUUAAGCCCUCCUCGUCGUUUGAUUCUGUCGCCCACGCUCUUCAGCGUCUUCUUAACUCACAGGAUGACGAUGUUGCGUUUGACUCACAUGACUGUCUUUCUAAUAUCGUUUUUGAGACUAGCAUCCGCCCAGAUUUACACUCCACCCCUCUUUCCACAGGCGAUUCUCUUUUUGUAGAUGGUUCCUGUUCCCGCCCUGCGGAUGGUGUGUUCCUAUGUGGUUACUCUGUUUGUCGCCUCCCUGAUGAAAUUGUUGAAGCUCAUUCUUUGCCUUUUUCUUCUGCUCAGGCUGCGGAGCUCUAUGCUUUGACUUGCGCGUGUAUUUUGGCUCAAGACACAGACGUUACUAUUUACACCGACUCACGCUACGCUUUCGGCGUGGCGCACGACUUCGGCCGCAUUUGGGCGUCUCGGGGGUUUACGACAGCCGACGGUAAGCCCAUUUCUCAUUCUUCACUUGUUACUGAUUUAAUCACCGCCUGUCUCCUUCCGUGCACGUUGGCCAUUGUUAAGACACGCGCGCACACAAGAGGGGACUCAUUUGAAGUAAAGGGCAAUUCAUUCGCUGAUCGAGUCGCUAAAGCUGCAGCCGCAUCCGGUGUCCUGCCUCCAGGCUUUAAUUGCGCUUUAGUUUCUACUGAUCGCAUGGUUAGCGCUGUCUUACCUGACAUAGAUCUCAUUUCUAUCCAGGCCUCGGCCUCUGUGGCAGAUACGCAGUUCUGGGACGCCCAGGGCGCGACAGAGAAGAGCGGCGUUUUGCUUGACGCACAGGGCCGUCUUUGUUUACCUCGUCACUGUACUGCCUUUCUCGUCCGCGAGUUCCAUGGUCCCACUCAUCGCGGCCGAAGAGGGGUAGUGGAGGAUAUGAACAGAACAUUCUGCAUCAAUAAUUUGCACACAGACGCACACAACAUUCUGGACAAGUGUUUAACGUGCGCCCAGAAUAAUCUAUCUAAACCAGGCGCGGUACAUCAGCACCUUCCCAUACCCGACACGCCUUUCCAAGAAUGGCAGAUCGACUUCACUCACAUGCCAAAGCAGGGCCCGUUCAAAUACCUUUUGGUCAUGAUUGACAAAUUUUCACGGUGGAUUGAGGCUUUCCCGUGUAGCAAAGAGAACGCCCGAACAGCAGUGAACAAACUUACACAGGAAAUUAUCCCACGUUACCGUCUUCCGGUAGGAAUUGACUCUGAUAAGGGAACGCCGUUCACCUCUAAGGUAACGCAGGAGCUAUGUAAAGACCUCAAGAUCAAUUGGCGUUUUCAUAUCCCAUACCAUCCACAGUCCUCUGGCAUUGUGGAGCGCGCGAAUAGAACAAUUAAGGGUAAGUUGCGUAAGGCUAUGCAAGACGCAGGCACGAAAAAUUGGGUCCAAGUUUUACCGUUGGUCCUCGCUGAUAUGCGCAUGACUGCUCAGGUCGCUCUCGACAAUUUAUCUCCGUACGAGCUCGUCAUGGGACGCCCCUUUCCUGUCCCUUGGCGUAGAGGCAUGCAGGUUAUAGGAACGGGUGAUCUUGAAGUACAUUUCAGCGAGUACGCGGUGGGUCUCAUGCGGGUGCUGGAUGAGUAUUGGGCGAGAGUAAAUUCCAAAAAGCCUCCCAUUCCAGAGGCACACACUCACCCCUUUGAGGUAGGGGACAGAGUUUUAGUAAAGAGAUUCGCUAAACUAAACGCUCCCAUGGAGGAGUCACCCUACAGUGGGCCCACCAAUGUACUCGCUGUAACUCGCACGGCUGUGCUAACGGACCUUUUUCCACAGUGGAUCCAUGCCAGCAGAAUAAAGAAGGCUCCAAUGUAAUAGAAAUCUAUAUUGUUGAUGCUUAACAGACUUUUGUGUUUCAGAAAGUUGCUGUGACAAUAGCUGACGGCCUUUUCAGGGAUCCCCUUCCAGCAUCUGGAGCAAUCCAGUUUCGGCUGAUCUACAAAGAGGGGAUGGUUGGUGAGUCUUGCAAAGUUCUGGGCUGAAGAGUCUGAAAAGCACGGGAGCCUGUGACAUUUUUCGCCGUCUGCACCCUGUGAGCAUUAGAGAACAAAGUCAGUGACCAGUAUGACUUUCUUCAUCAUCGUGCUGAUCUCAACGCUUGGGGCAGGGUUACCCGCACAAGCAAUACACCGGGACCCAAGGGAUAACGAGUUUUGGAAAUAUAUAAACUUCACUGUAAAAACAUCAAUGAAUAUGAGUAAA